GUUUGUUUGUUUCCCUGUGCUGUGAUAUUCCUUUCCCCUAGGCCUAGUCUAGUCUGCAACUGGAACUAGCAAGUGAGUGCGCGCGCUUGCUGGCUAGUCAAAGUGGGUGCGACUCACAAAUCUGAACUCACCAGCAGCUAUGGUCAGAAAACAUGGUUGGCAAUUACCUGCUCACACUUUUCAGGUUGUUGCAAUUACUGUAUUCUGCUUGUUGGUGAUUGCUUUUUAUGCUUUCCUUGCUCCCUUCAUUGGAGGUCAUAUAUGGGAAUACACCUUCAUUGGUGUUUACUCUCCUGUGGCACUCACUGUUUUCAUUCUCUACGUUAGAUGUACUGCAAUUAACCCUGCAGAUCCUGGCAUUAUGUCUAAAUUUGACCCUAGAGUGGGAAAUAAGUUCAAUUCUUCCCAUGGUUUAUUGGGGAAGCAUCAAUCUUCUGAACAUGAUGGGAACACUGCAGGAGAGCAUUCUUCUCCAUCAUCUGCGGCUUCUAAAAGGUCUAUGACAAAUAUGAGCAAGAAAAGCUCAGUGGAAGAUCUUGAAAGAAUAGAUAGUUCAAGAAAACACAAUGAGCAAAGCUCAUGUGAUGUAAUUGGAGGAAUUUUCUGCAUAAUGUUUUCACAUGAAGAUUGCCGGAAACAAGAAGUAACAGCUGAUGAGCAAGGUGGUGGAGAAGAUGCUCUGUUCUGCACUUUGUGCAAUGCUGAGGUUCGCAAGUUCAGUAAACAUUGUAGAAGUUGUGAUAAAUGUGUUGAUGGGUUUGAUCACCAUUGUCGGUGGCUUAACAAUUGUGUGGGUCAAAAAAAUUACAGCUCUUUUAUUGCUCUCAUGGCAUUUAGUCUUACAUGGCUUGUUAUCGAAGCUGGAGUGGGUAUCGCUGUUUUGGUGCGUUUCUUUGUUAACAAGAGAGGAAUGGAAUCUGAAAUUAUUGAUAGACUUGGAAACGGAUUUUCUCGCCCCCCAUUUGCAGUUAUUGUGGUUUUAAGUACUGCAGUUUCUGUCUUGGCUUGUGUGCCUUUGGGUGAGCUUUUCUUUUUCCACAUGAUACUGAUCAGGAAGGGCAUCACGACCUAUGAAUAUGUUGUAGCAAUGAGAGCCAUGAGUGAAGCACCUGCAGGGGCAUCAGUGGAUGAGGAUUUGCCAAAUGUACUUUACUCUCCAACCGGAUCAGCCACAACUGGACUGAGUGGAGGAAGUUCUCUUGGUUUGCAGUAUAAAGGGGCAUGGUGUACACCUCCUAGGGUAUUUGUGGAUUAUCAGGAGGAAGUCGUGCCUCAUUUGGAGCCAGGAAUGCUACCGUCAACUGUUGAUCCAGAUGCAGCUGGAAUUGCAGAAAGAGGUGAAAAGAUGCCAAAAAGGCCUGUUCGUAUUAGUGCCUGGAAGCUUGCUAAGUUGAAUUCACAAGAGGCGAUGAGAGCAGCUGCCAAAGCCAGGGCAUCUUCUUCAGUUUUGCGACCUGUAGAUAAUCUCCAUCACCCUGAUGCAGAAUUAAGCUCUAGUGGGAGCAUGAGAAGUAGUUUGAGCGCAGACACCGGAACUAAUAAGGAAAUAAAACAUGAUUUGAGAUUGUCUCCAGUGAGGAAUUCUAUUGCUCCUAGUCAAGGAAGCCGUGAUGAGUAUGAAACUGGAACCCAAAGUAUGAGUAGUUUCAGCAGUCCAACCCAUGUUCAAGAGGCAGUUACACUCAGCCCUCUUCCACAGGGUCACAGUUUGGGUGGCUUCAGGGCAGUUACAUCAAUUCCUAGUGUGGUGCCUGAGCGUCCUCUACCUUCGAAAGCAACAUUAUCAAACUUCAGGAACCCAAUAUCUAAUCCUUCUCUUGGAUUUGAUGGAAGAGUGAUGCCAAAGGUAAUCAGUAACGAUCCGUUAUUGCUUUCAUCUUCUGGGACAUCUAUUCUAAGAGACAUGAAACGGACAUCAGUUGUUUGGGAUCAAGAAGCUGGCAGAUAUGUGUCGGUUCCUUUAUUGCCCUCAGAAGCUCGAAACAGGUCAUCCGUGCGAAUAGAAUUGCCAAUUUCAAAUGCUGAAACAAGCAGUAUUGGAAGAAAACCAGUGAUUCCACCGCAGGACUUGUCAUCGUCUGCACACAAAACACCAGGGCAGCAUGCCCAAAAUCUGACGUAUACAGGAGAUUCUAUCUUUUUUGGUGGUCCGUUUUUGAGUGUGCCUGCUAAGGAUGGUUUGAAAAAUGAAAGACAUCAAAUGUCCGCAGAGGCCCAAGAUAGCAGAACAGUAAACUUGCCCCAAGAGUCAAGAUCUAAAAGGGAUGCGGUUUCGAAUCAACUUCCCGUGUUUGUUCCUGGCAGUUUUGACAAUAUGCUUCAACCUCGGUCUAGCAAAGAUUAGCUUAACAUGUUUGAGGUUCCAAUGAGUCGGACACAGUUUUGGUUGGAAUCAAGAGAGGAUGAAGAGGAAAGUUUUCUUAUGAAAAGUAUCUGGUGAAACGAUUCUGGCCUUUCAGAUCAUACAAAUCAAACCAUGGCGGGCAUCAUUUGACUCCAACAGCUAAUGGUGUGUUUUUGAGUUAGCUUCAGAUGAACCACACUGAAGUGCAAGGUUCCUUCCACGUUUAUAGUCUUGAAAAGUGGGAUUUGUCAGUCCCAUGCACAUAAACAAAGUUUCAGUUUCAAUCCGAACACACACUAAGGGGUUAUUUAUUCAUCGUAAACUUAGGUAUUGUCUGUCAUCUGACAGCCGGAAUGUUUAAGAUAUAUCUCAAUACACCAGGCGUUUGAGGUAAUGAACCUAUUUUUUGCUGAACAUGCCUUGAGAAAUGUGAAUCAAUAGUUGAAAUCUCAAAGCAUUUGUGACUUUA